CAACAACACGGCAAUACUGGAAAUUUUAUUUGCAAAGCAAAAGGCUAAAGGCCAAAAACAAAAAAAUAUUGGGCGUUGGGCGUUGGGUGGUGAACUAUGAAGCGUUAGACAGGGUGGUGUUAGGUCACAAGUCACGAGUAAGGAACAUUUGGUUUACACAUGCUAUGCAUAGAUGCUACCUAACCCUGGAAUUUGGCCUAAAAUACGAAUACGUUGAAACGAGUAAAAAGAAAAAGAGCAAAAACCAGACCACAUGUCCCACGUGCCACGAGGAUUACCUACCACAAGAUUAGCAUCGAUUCUACUAAUAUGCCAAAAUACCCCUGCUCUGCUCCGUUAAUGUCAAAGAGAAGAAUCAAUACCCAAGAGCUGGACGGAGAUUGAGAUGUUUCCUGGUCUUGAAAACCUACGGAGCAACAAAACAAAAAGCAAGGUGUAGGUGUUGACGACGACAUAUUCACAAAUCAAACCAGCACCCACUCCGCCUUCCCCUCCCCUGACGCCACCCUAUCUUAUUCCCAAAACUCUAAGUUUUCUUAGACAGAAAAAGGUAUAAUUAAUUUUAAGGGUUUGUCCUUGACUACUUGCGGUUCGCUGCUGAUGGAUCAAUCAUCAUCAUCUUUGGACAAGACUGCCUGUCUGGAUGCUCCGCUGCAUCCAUUUGGGUUUGAAUUUCAAGAUUUGUCCCCCACCAAAGUCACUGGACGCCUUCAAGUAACCCAAAAGUGCUGUCAGCCAUUCAAGGUGUUGCACGGUGGAGUAUCGGCUCUGAUAGCGGAAGCACUGGCUAGCAUCGGGGCUCACAUAGCUAGCGGCUACCAAAGAGUGGCUGGAAUCCACCUUAGUAUCAAUCAUUUAAAGCGCGCCGAACUGGGAGACCUUAUCUUCGCUGAAGCCACCCCGGUCAAUCUUGGCAAGACCAUUCAGGUUUGGGAGGUGCGACUAUGGAAAACAGACCCUUCAAGCUCGGACAUCCGAUCCCUGGUAUCAUCAUCGAGGGUUACUCUCCUGUGUAACAUGCCUGUGCCAGAGCAUGCAAAGGAUGCUGGAGAAAAUCUUAAGAGGUACGCCAAGCUAUGAACGUUUUGUACUUGAUUUUAUAUUUGCUGUAAUGAUUGCAACAAUAGAUCCAGCAACGUAUUCAGAUGGUAAAAUGAUGAAGGAUCACUUGUAUAAAUGUAUAUGCCUUGGUUAAUUAAACAACGAUUUCUGCCAUCGCAUGUUUUUCUAAUCCAUCAUAGAUCCAUAUUUGCUUAAAUCCUAAUCUUCUGUUUAGGAAAAUAAAAGAAUAAUGAAAUAACGAUAUGAUUGAAGAAAGUAUUAGAAUUGUUCUCAAAGUAAAUAAAAAAUCAAGUGAAAGAAUAACUUAAACAAGUUACAAAACAGCUCAACUAUAGUUUCAUGAUAUAAAGAACUUGAGAAAGAAGACUUAUUAAUAGCAAUUGAUUUCAAUGCUUAGUGGAAUCAACUGCUUUAGGCUGACCAUAAGGGGUAGUCAGACUGCUAAUGCCAAUGUAGUCUUACUGCCAUGCACUUCAAAUAUGUACCAAAGUUUCAACACGAUUUGAUUCUAAUAAAGUUUCAGUACAUUUUGGUUCCAAUAUUACAAAGUAGCAAUUGUUUCCUAACCCUAAGAUUGCUAUGGUUCAAGCCACUCGACUGUUUAAUUUAGAGGGAAUCAAAUGUUUUGAACAUGGAGAUCUUCUGUUUUAGAA